CAGUCUAUGCGAAUGUGCUGCAGACCGGGCAAGUGCUACCCGGUACGAGUAGCUACCGUAGCUAGAAUCGAAUAAAGCGCGAUAGAAGCAGCCGAAGGAUAAACUUGUUAUUGAACAGAACAAUGAUACGGCAAAGAUCUUACAUGUAUUGCGUAGGGUCCAUUUCGGUAGUUGUUUGUCUGCUUUGGACCUUGUCAUUGGCAGAUGGCGCCACGAGCGGCUUGGAAUGGAGAGCUCUCCGUUCGCAACACAAUGACAAUAAGGACACGAAUAAUAUUAGGAAUGCCAAAGAGACUGCCACACGACACGGCUUGUCAGAGCCUUGUGCAGGACAUGAGGAUUGUGCUUCGGGGUUGUUUUGUGAAUUGGCACUGGUUAGCAAGUUUCAAUGGGAGGGAACUUGUCAGGAAAUCUUGGGGGAGGUCAUUCUGACUAUGGAAGCCUUGGAUCUCAUUCAGAUUGAAGAUGACUCGGACAGCAGCGAGGAAACUGAAGAAGACAUGGAUCCAAUCUUCACUACCAUGAACAUGACAAACAUGACAAACGGUAGUACAGGCAGUCUGCUGAUGGUGGUCAUGGCAAACAACAACACUACCAUCAAUGCCACGGGUGAAGAGAUCACAGAUCAGCUUAUCAAUGAGACGGCCACGCACCUCAACAACCUACUUGACAGUGUCCUCAAUGAUCUAAUCGCAUUCAGCCAAGACACCAAUGCUACCAAUCAUACUGAUAGUGCCAGCAAUAACAGUACUCACCAGAAAGGCAAGGCCCAGUCGCUAAGCAAAGCAGGUGACACUGAGGAAGCUGCACAAGACACAACCGAGGACACCAAGAUUGUGGCCAGGGAUGGAACUGAGACAACCAAUGGAGUCACUGUCAAUCUCAUGAACAAGAGGUCACCGCUUGCUUUUGGGACGUCUACUACUUCUAAUAGUCAAGAAGGAGAGAAUCUAAGCAGCAGCAAGAAGGAUGAAGAUGCAGAUGCCACCAACGAAAGCACGAAAGUCACAACAAAACAGGAAGAAGAAACGAGCAUUGGCGAUCCGUCCAGUGAUGCUACCAAGAGGAAACCCUUCACCUUUGGAAGCAGCAGUGAUGUAGGCUCAGAUGAAGAAGAUCCUGGGGCUGAUGAAGAAUUGAAGGCGAAUACUGACCCAGACGAAGAUACGGCUGCAGAUAAUGUUGACAGCAGUGACAGUAGCAGCAGCGACAGCGACAGCAGCGACGAGGAGUGAUGUAGCAAUCUACCUCUGCAGAGCACACGGUGGGCAGUGGGCAGCUUUUAAAAGACUUGCUAGCUACAGAGCCAGAAAUCAGCAAGACCAUGGAACCACACCAGCAGGUGAUACUAUAGCGGCAACGUUUUCUAGAAGGUUUGUUUCCAAUAGAGAAGCCUCAGAGACAAGGAGCCGCUGUUCUCUCUUGCCAACCCGUUUGGUUCGGGGUGGCCAAACCUCCAUCCACGGCGAUUCCAUCGAAGGUGGCAGCGGCCAAAUGGGCUGAGGACAAGGCAGAAUGGGAAGACUUGGGAGGACAAAAAGGGGAUGGUUUGGGCCUCCGAGAACGCACGAGUACACUCAGGCUAACCCGAAACCAGGACGCCCUCGAACCCGCAGGCAAACGGAGAACAGUGUCAUAUAGCAACGCCUAGCUAGAGUUUAGCCCGUGGUUUCUAGACCAAUGGAUUAUGCCAGGGCUGGGGCCAGGAGACAGCCAGAUGGCUGGAUCCAUGCGUAGAAAGUAGUACGCAAUCGGCACGGCUGUGCUUUUCUUGUGGUAGAACGUGUUGGAGGUUUGCCUUCUGGAUGUCAGAGCGUCAAUCAAGUCAAAGAUAGUGGCAUCGCCACUCGCCAUGGUCUUGCGCGUGGAUGCGCCCUUUGGCGUUUCAAGUUGAUUCAGCAUGCACCAGAACUCGAGACGUUUGCAAAGUUCCUGUCGUCUGUCAUAGUGUUCCGCCCUCCAUUGCAACGAUUUCGCUUGGAUCCUCUGCAAUUUCAUGUUGUUGGUUUCGAGCAAGUCAAUGAGACUGGACAGUUCUCCCUCGCUGGUGUCUACUCUGCUGGCGCAACCGUCGAUUUCUUCAAGUGCACCUUCGGUGACCACCGCCUGGGGCCGGAUUGAACCCUCUUGCUCCUCGUCUUGUUGGUCGGCCUUCUCGGAGACAAUAUGCGCGUGGUCGGUCAGUGUCAGAUGCUCUAAUGUUGUGUUGCUGUUGUGCUCUAGACCUUGGAGGAUUGGCGCUAUGCUCGCACCGGGAUGAAUGUUUGCGGUGAGACUGUACAGUGAUUGUUCGGAUUUGAUCAGGUCUCCCAGUGCGCAAAUGACAUCGGAGUCGUCCGUCAAACUGUAGCAACCCACAAAACUUAACGAGGACAACUGUGGCAAGCUUUUGGCCACUUCAAUGGCAUCCACGAAAUCGGGAGCCUGAAUAUUGGGGAAAGCACAAUGAAACGUCAAGUCAC